GGAGCAAAUAAUGUCGUAUUUCCUGCAUUAUGCCAAGCUUCAACCAGCAAUUAACCUAACACGUUUUUCAAUAGAUUCAUUGUUUACACAUAAGAAACUUGCACCUUUACAGACGGGUUUCACAACUUCAACAAGCCGUUUGAACAGCUUCUCCGAAACAAAUUAUAAAACUCUAACACUGUUUUAAUAACUGCAUACACCGUAUUUUCGAGUUUCAUGUCAAAAGUUUUAUAAAGACAGGUCGUAAUCCGACAGUCAAAGCGCAAAGGCCAAAGUAAAUUGAAACCUAAGACAUCUGUUGCCAGUUGGAAACAAUUGGAUUACGAAACAAUAAAAAUUCGAGCAAGGGAAGUUCGCCAGAUACAGAUUUGAGAGAAGUUGUUCUGUCAGCGAAUUAGACAUAAAGGGUCAAUUUUUCUGCUUUCUUUGGGAUUCAUGCCACAUGACAUCAAAUGUGACAAUAGUAGCAAUCCAUGUAAAAUCUCCAAUACAACAGUUUGUUUGGUUGCUUGCUCCGAUUGAAAGCGACGACCAAUCAGAGGCCAGCACCUGACCACGUAUUGUUUAUUUCUAUUGAACAGGAGACAACACAGCCCGCAUAUAUGAUUGUCGACCCGUUAGAGACUUAGAAACAUUGAAAUAUUCUUUCACAUUGGUCUCGCGUGUUCGUCUCUGGUGCUUGCACUGCAUCAGCAUAAGAAAAUGAGUGUUGCUACAUCGGCAAGUCUAGGAUCAAUGAAGACCCCUCCACGUCUCCCAAAAUGUGCAAGGUGUAGGAAUCACGGUGUUGUUUCUAUUUUGAAAGGACAUAAACGUUUCUGUAGAUGGCGAGACUGCAACUGUGCGGACUGUAAUUUGAUUGCGGAGAGGCAGCGAGUUAUGGCAGCACAGGUCGCUCUCAGAAGGCAACAAGAUCAAGAAGAAUAUAUAAGAGCAAUUCAACUGCAACAACACGAGUCAGUCCAGGGUGUUAAAGAAGAGCCAAGUAGUAGUGGCAAUAAUGGCAUUUAUCCCUCGGAAUAUCCAUCUUCUACUCAAAGACUGUCUUCCCCUGAUGAUUUGAGUAUUAAUGAUAUGAAUAGUGGAGACGAUGAGGACAACGAGGACGAUGAAAAGCCUCCGAUCAAGUUAGAAGAGAAUGGGAUGGUGGUCGAAGAAGAGAAGGAAAAGGCUGUAUUGAAGGAAUCUCCAGAACCCCGCUCCCCAGAAAGAGUGAGUUCUGGACACAUUUCUCCAUUGGGAGAGCAUAAGCAAGUGAACACAAUCAAGGCUGAUGUUUCCUUUAGCAAGCCUGAAAGCCUCUCGCCUUCCCCCAAAAUGUCUAUGGCUUACUCUAUGGCUCAUAUUCAAAACGCAGAUCACGUCACAACCGUCAGUCAGGUCUUUCCGAAUCACCCGAAACCAGUGUCCCCCACAAUUCCUCAUCGGCAGACAGCAAUGCCUUCAGUCCAUGAAAAAGUUCCGAAGCUGCAUUCUUUGCCACCGCAGAGUCAAGAACCACCUGCAAAGAUGCCACGCAGAGACAUGCGCCUUGAUGAGUCCGCCAUUCUGCGGCAUCAGCAAAUGCGAUACUUGGAUCUCCUGUCAAGGCUUUUUCCGGAACAGAAAAGAAGCGUAAUUGAACUAAUCUUGAAGGGCUGCAACGGAGAUAUAGUACAGGCUAUUGAGUGUGUUCUACCAAGUCACGAAAGAGCAGUGGCUCAAAUGUCUGGAAUGCCUGGUCAGAGUUUUACCCUGCCUCCAGCGUCUGUAGAUGAGGGAAACCGCCAUAGAUACCAAGGACACGGAUCCGAAAAGUCUGUACCACCAAUGUCUGCCUUUAUGCCGUUUAACGCCUCCCCGGGACAUGGCCAGCAUGCACCGGGACAUCCACAACAUGGCUAUGCAAUGGUUCCUGUUCCACCUUGCCCUCCUGGCUGUAACUGCCAACUGUCUCAACAAAAAUGCCCGUGCCCAGACUGUGUACCUCAGUCUUCUUCCAAAGGCACAAAAGCUGAAAUCAAUGGGCCUAAAAGCAAUUUAGCAGAUUCUAACAGUCCAUCAACAAUCGCCACCAGCUCCUUUUCAGAAAUUCAUGUCUCACCAAAGGAUGGCACUGUGACCCGCCAUUCUGGGCACACGAAUCGUCCAAGCUCUCCUUCGCUGAAAAAUGGUCAGCAGCAUAGAAUAGCAUAUGUGCCUGUAUCCGCACAUGUACCUAUGCAGAUGAACGAGCCAGUGAAAAUCUGCGCUGGAUGUGGUGGAAAAAUGAAACUGGAAGACCAAAGGUGCCCAACUUGUGAACCAACAGAACCUAAAUCGUAGAAACUAUGUGUAGAAAAUAACGUCAUAAUACCUGAAAUAAGCAUUAUGUUUAGAAUCAGAAUUAAUUGAGUUUGGGAGGGUGGAGAGAUGAGGUGCUGGUAUCUGGACAUAUUGAAAACAUAUAUAGAAUGAAAGUAGUGAAUCUAUAUUAGUUUUACGUCGUAUAUUCCACUGCCUCUGUCAAGGUUCUUCAGGAUAUGGUAACAUAAUUAGAAAAGGUAUAUUGCUAAUUAUACAUUUACGGCUCUUGAACCCGUGAGUAGAAACAUCUGUAGAAUUCAUAACGCUCACAAUCCAAACUUUGAAAGUUUGUUAAACUAAGCUUUCCUGAAGGUUUCAAACAACUCUACUUGGGAGAGGGAGAAAGAGAGUUGCUGUCCUUAAAGUUUAUGAUACUGUUAGAUCAAGGAAGAUCGAAUUUCGAAAGGAUGCGUCACUUUAGGAUCACUUUCCUUCAUCGAUUUGUAGCAUGACGAAAUUUAUCACAGCUGUCAAGAAUGCAAAUGCGAAUUAUACAUCGUGAGAAUCAGUAAAGCAGGGGCUAUCCCACCCACUCCUUCCCCAACAUCUGUAUGGAUACACCUAACUGGUGCUCCUUAUCGUACCAUAUAAAUUCAUUUAGGCAUAUCUAUUCAUCCUAUACAUUUUUGUACAAAUAUAUAUAUAUUUUAAUGCACCUUUCCUUGAGUAAGAUUUAAUUUGCCUACCCAUAUUCCUUGUUUUUAUUCCAAGUGUAAAUAUUGCAUACCCGUCCAUUUUUAUUGCUAUUAGAAAUAUUCCUUUUUGUUCUUUCAUUAAAACUCUACUAACAGUGACCCAUUAUAUGAGAAACUCUAACACCAUAGAUUCGAGAAUUUCAUUGACACAGUUAAUUUUCCAUCAAUUGCACCUUUCCAUACAAUGCUAGUUUCAGAUCGAUCCUGAAAUUGCUCAAAAUCCCUUCGAUAACAUUUUGUCACUGUAGAGUAUAGCGUUUUACAUGUUUUUUAGUAAAAGAACAAUGCCAAUACACCUAACGCAAAGUAAAUUCUGUUCACCAUCUGUAAUGACCAUUCCUUAAUUUUAUACUGCAAAAUGUACGCAAAAUAUAAUUUUCCAUUCGCAAUUGAUCAUCAUACAUUUUAAUCGACUCCAUAUACAUACGAAAAACGACAAACGUCCUCUUUUUGUCAUAUAUUUGCUGAUUACUUUUUCGAUUUUGUGUUCAUAACUGCUGGUUAAGUUUUAUCAUUUCUAUUUAUCAGUAUGUAGGCAUCAUCUGUAAGAGCCGGCUUUAUUGAUAAAAAACCUCAUGCAACAUCGUUUUCAAAGAAACGUAUUAUUUUAAUGUUAAAUGCACAACACAUAUAUAAAUUUAUAAGAUACAUAAAUCCGUAUU